GAGGGGCCGGGCUGGCCGGGCAGGGAGUGCGGGUCGGUUCUGCGCGCGCUGCCGGACGAGGCUCCCGCCGCCGAUUGACCCGCGCUCCGCCCGUAGCCGGGCCGUUCUGUUCCCUAGAGAUAACCAUUGGGACCCUGGUAGCUAAUGUCAGAAGAAAGUGACUCUCUGAGAACCAGCCCUUCUGUGGCCUCACUCUCUGAAAAUGAGCUGCCGCCACCACCUGAGCCUCCGGGCUACGUGUGCUCACUGACAGAAGACCUGGUCACCAAAGCCCGGGAAGAGCUGCAGGAAAAGCCGGAAUGGAGACUUCGAGAUGUGCAGGCCCUUCGUGACAUGGUGCGGAAGGAGUACCCGAACCUGAGCACAUCCCUCGAUGAUGCCUUCCUGCUGCGCUUCCUCCGAGCCCGCAAGUUUGAUUACGACCGGGCCCUGCAGCUCCUCGUCAACUACCACAGCUGUAGGAGAAGCUGGCCCGAAGUAUUCAAUAACUUGAAGCCAUCAGCCUUAAAAGAUGUCCUUGCUUCCGGGUUCCUCACCGUGCUGCCCCACACUGACCCCAGGGGCUGCCAUGUCGUCUGCAUCCGCCCAGACAGAUGGAUACCGAGCAACUAUCCAAUUACUGAAAACAUCCGAGCCAUAUACUUGACCUUAGAAAAACUCAUUCAGUCUGAAGAAACCCAGGUGAAUGGAAUUGUAAUUCUUGCAGACUACAAAGGAGUGAGUUUAUCAAAAGCAUCUCACUUUGGCCCUUUUAUAGCCAAAAAGGUGAUUGGCAUCCUGCAGGAUGGUUUCCCCAUUCGGAUAAAAGCAGUCCAUGUUGUGAAUGAACCUCGAAUAUUUAAAGGCAUUUUUGCCAUCAUAAAACCAUUUCUAAAGGAGAAAAUAGCAAACAGAUUCUUCCUCCAUGGGUCUGACUUGAACUCUCUCCACACAAACCUUCCGAGAAGCAUUCUCCCCAAGGAGUAUGGGGGCAUGGCUGGGGAGCUGGACACUGCCACCUGGAACGCGGUACUGCUGGCUUCAGAAGAUGAUUUUGUGAAAGAGUUCUGCCAACCUGUCCCUGCCUGUGACAGCAUCCUGGGCCAGACGCUGCUGCCUGAGGGCCUGACCUCAGAUGCACAGUGUGACGACUCCUUGCGAGCUGUGAAGUCACAGCUGUACUCCUGCUACUAGCCUGUCCCCCAGGGUCACCAUCUUUAAUUCUUUUCCUUCUUUUCUUUGGAGGCACAAGAAUUCAAGGAUCCAAGGAUUCAGUCUUGCUCCUUGUAAUUAAACUGCAGGAUGGAGGAACAGCCUGUGAGAUAUGAGGGUGAGCACAUUUUGGGGUAAGCCUUUGGUUACUUGAAUUACUCCAUGGAAGACAUGGAAAAUGUCCCCACUGAUUCUUAACAUUUGGAAUCCCAGUCUGCAACUAUUAAUCUGGAGGCUAUAUCUGUUUUGUUUUGCUUUUUGGUUGGGGGGUGGUGAUCUGGUUCUUACACAUCUUGGAAGCAAGAAAAAUCAGGACCAAAGUCACUUUGAUCCCACUUUUCCAGGAGAAAAACAACCUGUUUGGCCAGUGAGAACUACUUGUAUGAAAUAAUUUGGCCAAACCUGCAGUGUGACCAAAUGUGAGACUGGGAGUUUGUUUUUCACAGGAACCCUAAGUAUAGACCUCUGCUGCUCAUCAGGAACCUUACGUGAGAUCAAGGCCCCAGCUGUUGUCACCGGGUUUGGAAAGCACCUUAACUGAAUCAUGUAAGCAUCAGGACAUAAGCAGCACUUUGUGGUUAAAUGUGGAAGCCAGAGACUUCAAAGCACCUCUGGGACCCAUUGGUUGACACUUGCAAUAGAAACUUAAGUUUUCCCAAAUCCAUAAAGCCUUAGCCCUGGUUCUCAAUAGAAUCAGGGACCUAGCAGGAAAUGAUUUUACUCAACCUAAAAUGCUGGAUUCCAGGCCCGUGUAGCUACAAGAAUUCUGGCCUGGAUCCCAGGUGUGCAACUAUGGACAAGACAUGGGCCUCUACCUUCUCCUCUAUAAAAUGAGGCUGGAUGAAAUGUCAGCUAGGGCCGUUUUGGCUGCUGAGGCUCUGGGAUUUGGUUUAGUUACUGAAUGUUAGAUUUUCUGCCUGGAAAGAUAACUAUCUAGAUAGAAGUGGUUGGAUUCUGUUUUUGUUUGUUUGUGGUACACAUGUCUUCCCAAGAGAGAUGUGUCAACAAUUA